UGGUGGAAAGUUUAGCGGACUUUAUCCCUCAGAAGAAGAAGGAGCUCCGAGAGUCUGAACAGCAGCUGAAUCUGAAAAGGGGAGUUAAUUAACCAACCAAUCACUAACUAGUCUCAGAGUCACGUUAACUUUACGUUAGCUGCUCCUCACAGACGAGCAGCGAACAUGUCUCUCCUAAACGGAAAUCAAGUGAGUAAAGAAACGUGGAAUUCACACAACGAGAUGAUGCUGGAGCCGCUGUCGGUCAACGACGCUGAGGUGUUCAGCAUCAUAAAAAAGGAGAAGCACAGGCAGACUUUCGGUCUGGAGCUCAUAGCGUCGGAGAACUUUGCCAGCAGAGCAGUCCUUGAGGCUCUGGGUUCCUGUAUGAACAAUAAAUACUCUGAGGGAUAUCCUGGUCAGAGGUACUACGGUGGUACAGAGCAUGUAGAUGAACUGGAGAGACUCUGCCAGAAGAGGGCUCUGGAGGUUUAUGGUCUGGACUCAGAGAAAUGGGGUGUUAAUGUGCAGCCAUAUUCAGGCUCACCUGCUAACUUUGCCGUCUACACUGCCGUCGUGGAGCCUCAUGGCAGGAUUAUGGGACUGGACCUACCUGACGGAGGUCACCUGACACACGGCUUCAUGACAGAGAAGAAGAAAAUCUCAGCGACGUCCAUCUUCUUUGAGUCUAUGCCGUAUAAGGUGAAUCCAGAAACUGGAUACAUCGACUACGACAGACUGCAAGAAAACGCUCGACUGUUCCACCCCAGACUCAUCAUCGCAGGAACGAGCUGUUACUCCAGGAAUCUGGACUACCCUCGUCUGAAGCAGAUCUCUGUUGAGAACGGAGCGUUUCUGAUGGGAGACAUGGCUCAUAUCAGCGGGCUGGUGGCUGCAGGUGUCGUACCUUCACCUUUUGAAUUCUGUGACAUCGUUUCUACGACAACACACAAAACACUGCGAGGCUGCCGCGCGGGACUCAUCUUCUACAGGAAAGGUGUGCGGAGCGUGGACGCUAAAGGAAAAGAGACUUUGUUCAACCUGGAGUCUCUGAUCAACCAGGCGGUGUUUCCAGGGCUGCAGGGAGGACCUCACAACCACGCCAUCGCAGGGGUCGCUGUUGCUCUCAAACAGGCCAUGACUCCAGAGUUCAGAGCCUAUCAGACGCAGGUUCUGGCUAACUGCAAAGCUCUGUCCAGUGCUCUGAUCGACCACGACUAUAAGAUUGUCACUGGUGGCUCAGACAACCAUCUGAUCCUGCUUGACCUGCGCAGCAAAGGAACUGAUGGAGGAAGAGCCGAGAAGGUUCUGGAGGCCUGUGCCAUCGCCUGUAACAAGAACACCUGUCCAGGGGAUAGGAGCGCUCUGCGUCCCAGCGGUCUGAGGUUCGGCUCACCCGCUCUCACCUCUAGAGGUUUGGUGGAGGACGACUUUAAGAAGGUGGCGGAGUUCAUCCACAGAGGAAUCGUUGUGACACUGGAGGUGCAGAGAAGUCUGGAUCCUAAAGCCACGUUGAAGGAGUUCGUUUCCGCUCUUGCUCAGGGAGAAAAGUUUCAGCAGCGCGUGGCGGAGAUCCGAGCGGAGGUCGAGGCGUUCGCCGGUCAGUUCCCCAUGCCGGGCCUCCCUGAGCUGUAGACAAAUCAGCUGACGCUCUGCUCAACACGUCUGUGGUUACUGAAAUGACCAUUUGAUUUCUUUUAGUGUUUCUCUCAAACGGUAUUUUCAAAGUUUCUGUCCGACAUAAUGAGACCAAACGAAUCGCUGCUCCUGUUUAAUGUGAUUUCUUAUUAAAGUUUCAAAGAGACUCAACAAACUGUCACCAAAGUUUAAACGGCUGUUUUCUUCUCUUUGUUUAUGACGGUUUGUAACGAUUGAAUAAUAAAGAAACUGUUCUUUGUUUCUUUAAAUCUAAAACAUCACAUUUAUUAUAUUCAUCAUGAUUUCAUUUAAUCUGUUAUCUGUUAAAGUUCACUGAAUGUGUCUGUCAUCGAUUACUUCUGUCUGUAUCUGAAGAAAAUAAACGUAUAAAAGGUGUUGUACCUGUC